CAAGCCGUUCAUCAUUUGAGCCAUAGCGGCCUUCGGAUGCACACGCUGUACAUUCCAUAGGAAUACUUGCCGACUUUUAGCUAAAACUUUACCAAGGGAUAUACCAGACGACAAACAAAAUGCUUCAUCUUAUUGGAUUUGUUGUCCUUGUUACUUUCGCAGCUGGCGCAAAUGCAGCAUGUGAUUUAAGCGCUCUGAGUACUUGUGUAACGGCUGCAACACCGACUGACAAUUCAGGGGGAGGUAAUACAUGCGAUCAAUACAAUGCCAUCAUGACUUGUGUCACCAAAUACAACGCCACUUGUACCAAUGAAGUAAAAUCCUAUACUUCUAAUCUGGGUCCCUUGGUGAACAUGUGUGGCGGUGGCAUGGGCGGCGGAGGUGGAGGACAGGGAGACGGCUGUGACAUGGCAGCAUUGAGUGCCUGUAUGUCAACAAUGCAGAGUGUACAAGGUAUUGUGUCGGGAGAUAGUCCACCCACUGGAGCAGACCUCAAACAAGUCUGCGAUGGAUACAAAACAUUCCAAUCCUGUAUUGCUGACUUGCCUCCUGCCUGUAAAUCAGUCUUCGAGAGUAACAAGAUGGCGGCUGAUCAGAUGGGCCAGAUGGUUAGCCAGUAUUGUGGUGGAGAUGGCUGUGAUAUGAUUGGAGUACAAACCUGCAUGGUUCCCAUGCAGGGCCUCAACUUUAAUGGGGAAUCGGUGAUGUCCUCCCUUGUAUCGGUGUCCGGCCAGUGUGCGCAACUUGAGGGAGUAAUGAACUGUCUUCAGCCAAAGUUAGAAGGAUGCAAGGACAAUAAGAUCGUGCAAAAUACAACUGCUCUCCUAGAUCAAAUGAAGAUGAUGAUUAAUUUCGUGUGCCAAGAGAAACAACAAGCAAUCAUGGAGUUGGCAGCAUGUGCCGGUAAACCUGCUGCUCUGCAGAAACUGAGUGAGUGUGAAGCCAAUCAUCCAAUGUCUAGUGAUCCAACCAAAGAGUCGAAGGAACAGCUCUGCACCGAGGUGAACACCAUGUCCUCCUGUCUGGAGACAGCUACUAGCGGUGUGUGUACAGAGAAGGAGACUACCUCUAUGGUGGAUUUGUUGAAGGAUGCCAUGAAGAUGUUCCUCAAAGGAGAAGAUCCAUGUCAGGUCAGUGGGGCUGGUAUGUUGAUGAGCAGUGUGUGGACAAGUCUAGCACUUGUUUUGGCGGCCAUCUUUCUGUAGGCAGGGACACUAGAUGUUACUGGCGGACCUGUAGACCAUCUGAAAAUGUUGACGUUCUCCUAAUCUGGAUUGGCAGCAAAUCGUACAAAACCAUGACACUGUACGCCAUCAGUGUACAUCAACUUUAGAAUCUCCUGAUAAAGCAUGCCAUUCAAUAUUUUAUCAAUGAUAGCAGGUUAUGGUCAACAGUGUAUAGAUCAACGGUUAUUUAUAUUGAGGUAUCAUAAUAUCAUAUCAGAGUCAACACUGCUACCAAAAUAACAACAGUUUUGUGACACAGGUCUUGAUUUCUGCAGGGUAGCACUAGUGAUGGUCAUGUGACACAUCACAUGUUUCAUGGUAGCACUAGUGGUGAUCAUGUGACAGGUCAUGUGACAACAUGAUAGUACGAGUGAUGGUCAUGUGACAAGUCACGUGUGUACAUGGUAAAACUAGUGAUGUCAUGUGACAAAUCACACGUUGACAUGAUAGUAUCAGUGAUAGCCUGUGACAGACCACAUACAGUAAACAAUUUCAUUUUAUAACAAAUAUUGUACUUUUCUUUUUAAAAUUCAUAUUUACUUUAUUUCAACAAGUGCUAGUAAAACUCAUGCAAUCAUUUAAAUAAUAUAAUUUGAAAACAUCCCUCCAUUUACAACCACUGGAUUGGGAUAUGGGUUAUUACGGUAUGUAGAAUUAUGUUUUGAGAAAUGCUAUGUACAAAAAAUGUAUUUGGUUUAUUUGAAUGUGUAUUAACAUGGUAAAAGUAUUUUGAAUGCUAUUUUGUCCUCACUCACAGUCUUCUGAACUUCAGGAUGGGCAGUGUUGUAUGUAUUCCAUCUACAUGUAUAACCAGGCUAAACUUCCUUCUCAUAUUUCCUUGUUUACAUUUUACCUAGCACACACACUGUCACUGUUGUUCUGUUAACACCUAUGGCAAGUUAAAACAUUUUAAAUUGGAGUAGUUUGUUGUUUAUAAAAAUGUUCAUGUACAGACAAGACGAUUUAAAACUUGCAGUCUGAAUUAGGUAAAUUUAGAUGCUGUUUGCCCUCUACAUAUAUAAGACCCCCGUACAGUAAGUAUUGUUAUAUUGAGUUGGACGUUAUUAUUUGAUACCACAGGAAUGCUCCUAAAUCACAAAGCACAUCAAGGCACAUCUAUAUGUUUUAAACAAUUAUAUUACGGACGUCCAAUACAUACACCUAAAUUGAUAUGCAGUUUUCAUUGGAUAUAUUUUAAAUGAGGUUAUUAAAAAAAUCAGGGAGACAAUGAUAAUUGUAAACUGACCGUGUCUUAGUUGACCAUGAUUAUUCUGUAUGUAAAGUGCCUGAUGAACCAGCCUAGUAAUGCUGUCCAUAGUUGGAGGGUUGUAUUAGAUAUUUUGUUUACUUGAGUGUGUGUGUGUACACAGUAUGUAUGUAAGUGGUUACAUUCCCUCUCUGAUCCUUUGUUUUGUAUUAGGGCCUUUACAUUUCACAGAUCUCUUUAUUUUCUCCGAUAUAAAUAUACCAUUCCUUUGGCAUUUUUAUUUCAUUUUCCAAAAUGUUAAAAUUCAAACAAACAAUUCAUCAAUCGUUUUGACCUUUAAUUUUCCUGACUUGUAGAUUCUUAUGGGUAAACUUCAUCUUCCUCUAAAUCUAGGCACCAUAUUGAAGAACAGGAAAGAAAGACUCGAUCACUAUGCCUUCCAGGAGUGAUUUUGAUUUACUUCAUAGUAUGUUAAGUGCUAGAAUAUAUGUACAAUGUAUAGAGCCUAUAGCCGUGAGAAAGAUUGCUAGUCGAUAGGUGUAGGGUUUGUUUAAAACUGUACUUAACGUAGAUGUUGUAUGUAUGUAUGUGUGCAUGUAAAACUAAAACAUUUCUUUUAAAUAUGUUUAUAUGUAUUAAUCUUGUGUAAAGAUAAUUUUGUUCCUAAAACUCGGAAGUUCCUUAAAAUAUGAACAUGCCCUUUGGAUUCUACGAAUUAUAAAUGAAAAUUUGCAUGAUUGGACUCUGUGUACAUGUCUUGUAUCAUUAUCGUAGAGAAAACUGCUGUAUUUAAAUAUAACCAGUUAACAGUAACAGAUAUAUAUACGUAUAUACAAAUAUAGCUUAGCUUCGUGUCUAUGUGUGUUGUGUACGCGUUUCUAUAAUAUAUUAAGUAUGUACACGACUGUUCCCGGCUAAUCAAUACCAGGACUAUUUCAAAAGUUUCAAUAAUAUUCAAACAUGUCUUCCAUAAUAUUUUAAUAAUCAAAACAUAGAGAAAAUACUCAUUAAUUGAUAAAUACACGGUUUAAGUGAAUUCCUGGUCAUUUGUAUGUUUAGAAUAUAAGAUCUUCUAGGUCAUAUUAUUAUGUCACAAGACAGCAUACACAAUAUUGAUCUGAUACAGUCUGUUUAGUCCGUCUUUGUUUGUACGAGUGUUUACGUAUGUCUGUGUAUUUCUGAAAACAAUAAAAGUCACGUGAUGUUCUAACA